UCAGUUCCCAUCCCGUCUCCUAUAGCUAGACGGCGUGCAAGACUCUCUAAAUCAGUUCCUAACCCGUCUCCUCUAGCUAGACGGCAAGACUCUCUCUUUCUCUCGCUCUCUCGUUCAAAGCUGGUUCUUAGCAAUCCGGCCUCAGUUUCUAUCACGACUACAGAAUCAAGCAAGGUCUCUCUAUCACUGCCCUAAAUUGGUGAUUUCUGUUCGUCUCAGUCAGGUGAAGAAGAAAAGUUACAACUUUGAUGCACUAUUAUCAUCGCUAAUUAUUCCUGGGAUUGGUCUUGGAUAGGUAUUCUUAAUAUUGAAGAGGAUACGUAUUGUACUUAAUUGGAACAUUUGCAAGACUAACAAGGAAGGUGUAGCAUUCUCUUGGGAGAAAAUCUAGGAGAAUAAACAUGGAUAAGAGUUGGAUUGAUAUACGAGAAACGGACUGGCAUAAAUAUGAAGAUGGAGUUGAUAGUUUUUUGGAGUUUGCAUUCGCCAACAGCGUUGAUCCAACAAGGAUAAAGUGUCCUUGUAAGCUAUGUCGCAAUCGCUAUUUUAAGUCUAGGGAGGAAGCAAGAGAGGAUAUACUGGUAGACGGAUUUUGGGAAACAUAUAGAAUAUGGGAUAAACAUGGUGAACCUUCCAGACCUGCGGCUGCAUGCCAAGGUAGUGGGGUUAACUCUGAUUCGGUCCUCAUUGAUGAUAUGUUUGGCAUGAUUAAUGAGGCGAUUGGGAUUCCCACUGCAAAUCCUGGUCUAGGUGAUGAUUUUCCGGUAGAAAGUGAAAAUGUUGAGGGACCAAAUGAGGAAUCUGCGAAAUUUAUUAAAUUGCUCAAAGAUGCAGAAUGUCCCUUAUAUCCCGGUUGUGAAAAGUUUACAAAACUGUCAUUCAUUGUUCGACUAUUACACUUGAAAGUUCUUUGUGGAUGGACAAACAAGUCUCUCGAUUUAUUGCUGGAGCUUUUAAAAUCUUCUUACCCUGAUGGAGUAAGCUUACCAGAUUCUUUUUAUGAGGCUCAAAAGCUGACUGCUGACUUAGGCUUCACAUACAAAACUUGGGAUGCAUGUCCUAAUAAUUGUAUGUUAUUUAGAAAUGAGGAUGAGAAACUUCAAAAAUGUGCUAUUUGUGGAGAAUCUCGAUAUAAAGAGUCUGAGCAUGAUUCUAAUGACCAGCAGAGUGGUAGAAAAAUUCCUGCAAAACAAGUGAGGUACUUUCCUUUAAAACCACGUUUACAGAGAUUGUUUAUGUCUUCUAAAACUGCUUCCCUUAUGAAGUGGCAUGCAGAAGACCGGACCAAAGAUGACGUGCUAAGGCAUCCAGCUGACAGUCCUGUGUGGAAAACACUAGAUCAAAAGUUUCCAGAUUUUUCUAGUGAUAGUCGCAAUGUUAGACUUGGGUUAGCGGCUGAUGGGUUUAACCCAUUCCGAACAAUGUCCAUAGCUCACAGUACAUGGCCUGUUGUUCUAAUACCUUAUAACUUGCCGCCUUGGAUGUGCAUGAAGCAACCGUUUUUCAGUUUGUCAACGCUCAUUGAUGGCCCGAAAGGACCUGGAAAUAAAAUUGAUGUAUUUCUACAACCUUUAAUUGAAGAGCUAAAAGAAUUAUGGCAUGAAGGUGUUCCUACUUACGAUGCCUCAACUAAUCAGAUGUUCAACUUGCGUGCCAUGUUGUUAUGGACAAUCAACGACUUUCCGGCUUAUGCAAAUUUAUCAGGUUGGAGCACUAAGGGUGCUAAAGCAUGUCCUUGUUGCAGUAAGAAUACUAAAUCUAGUUGGUUGAAACAUGGGAGGAAGUAUUGUUAUAUGUGUCACCGUAGAUUCUUACCAAGGAAUCAUAAAUUUCGAAAAGAUAAAGUAUCUUUUGAUGGCAAGCAAGAAUGGGGUCGAGCACCAAAUCGAUGUUCUGGGACUGAGGUGAAAAGACAAUUGCAGAAUGUACUUACAGAGUAUAAGAAGGAAGAUCUUCGAAAGAGGAAAAGAGAAGAAUUCGAGAACAAAAAAGGUCAGGAUGAACACAUUUGGAAAAAAAAGAGUAUUUUUUUUGAGCUACCAUAUUGGGAGCAUAAUUUAAUUCGUCAUAAUCUCGAUGUUAUGCACAUUGAGAAAAAUUGUUUGGAUAAUAUACUUUGGACAUUGUUGGGAGUUCCGGGAAGAAGUAAGGAUAAUUUGAAGUCUCGCCGUGAUUUAGAAGAAUGGGGAAUUAGGGAGCCUUUACAUCCUCAGCAACGGGGUUCUAAUAAAGCAUAUUUAUGUCCUGCAUGUUUUUCCAUGAAUAGGGACAAUAAGGAUAUCUUUCUACAAGUUUUAAAGAGAGUAAAACUUUCAGAUGGCUAUGCGUCAAACAUAUCUCGACGUGUUCGCUUAAAAGAACGUACUAUCUCGGGUCUCAAGAGUCAUGAUAACCAUAUAUUGAUGCAGCAAUUACUUCCAAUAGCUGCACGAAGAGCACUCCCUAAGAAUGUUGUUGAAGCAUUGAUUGAGUUGGCUAAUUUCUUUAGGCAACUAUGCUCAAAAGUAAACAAACCAUCUGAUUUGAAAGAUAUUCAAGAAAGAAUUGUUCUUACACUUUGUCAUCUUGAGAAGAUCUUUCCAAUGUCAUUCUUUGAUAUUAUGGAACACUUGCCUAUCCAUUUAGCUGAAGAAGCGUUGCUUGCGGGUCCUGUACAAUUUCGGUGGAUGUAUCCCAUUGAGAGGUUUUUAUUUACAUUAAAAGAAUAUGUUCGUAAUUUUUUUAUGAUAUGA